UACCUUUUCUUGAUUCUUGGUCAGUUUCGAGCGAACGACCGGGAAGUGAACUUAGUGAUUGUGAUCGUAAUUCGUUGUUUUUUUUUUAUAGAAAUUCAGUUUUAUUUUUAAUCUUUGAGUAAUUAAAGUGUACUGAGAUCCUAAUGAAGACCGAACCGAAAUAAUAUAUUGGUGACUUGAACGGUUCCGCAUAAGUGGGUCACAGAAGAGCCGGUCAGAGAAGGAGGGAACCGGAAGAAAAAGGAAAGAAGAGAGAAACCAGGUGAAGAAGUUGAGAAAUAAAGCAACAUACGCAUACAUAAUCCAGAGAGGAAAAUAAAUGUUUUUUACAUUUUCGUGACAAAAAAAACAGACUGAAGAAGAAAUGGUUGAAGAAAGUGAAGGAGUUUAUCAGUUUUUUAUAACGAUGGUUUACGUUUGUGCUCCUGAAGCAGUGAUUUGAUUUGCAAAAUGGCGGCGGUCGGUUGACCCGCGAAAUUUUGCCGGUGCAUAAGUUUUUGAAAUUUAGUCCAAAUGGCAGUGCUAAAAGUGAUUCCACUACUUCUGACACUGUCGAUCUACAAAAUCGUUGGUGUCAUAUCCAUACAAAAUGAUCCAACUCUUUCAAAGUCCUGGCUGGAUAGUACGAUUCUCAGUGCAAGUGCAUAUACGGGUCCGGAAAGAACCUCCAGUGACUCGAAAAAUAUCGAAUCGUUAAAUCUCCAAAGAACACUUCCGGCCUUUCAACUAGAAAGCUCAAAGAGUGUCAGUGAUUUCGAUUUAGAGGAAACGCAUCAUGUCAAAAAAGACUUAAGCACUUCCGAACCGAUCGAUGUUUUGACAUCUUCGAAAUUUAUCAAUCACAUCGAUGGAAAUAACAUCGAAGUGAAACCUGGAGACUACUAUCCAAUAGUGUCUUCGACAAAUACGAUAAAGUUUUCGGGGGAAGGACUGGGGGCUUCGCAGAAAGAAAAUCCUCUGGCGAAGCCCGAACAACCGACUGGACCCGGGAGACAACGAGCACGGCACAUCGAAGAGAGAAAACCGCGUCUAGAAUUGUCGAGGAAUUAUAAUGAGCACGCUGCUCCGGCUAUUAUCCAGACCUCUGCCUCUGGACAAAGGCAGGCGAAUCCAGAUAUUCAGGAUAUCAUAACAGGCAUUGUCAAACUCCUUAAUGGAAAUGUCAAUGUUGCUGUUAACACGGCGAAGCCUAUUAAGACCACCAGUUUUCAUUCUAGAAUAAAUAAUCGAGGACCUCCGAGGAUCUCCGACAUGGCCCCAUUGCCGCCAGACUUCAACACCCCGGGCAUGAAUCCUCCGCCUUUGCCGCCACCUCAAUCGGAGCCACCCUAUCCUUUCGAAACGCCCCCACCUCCGAUCACAUCUUCGAAGAAACCACUAUUGCCGGACUUGCCGAUGAGACCCUUUAUCACUGGAGUUCCGCUUCCUGAGUCUAUAGUUCCUCAGGAGCGGCCUUGGCAGAGACCCUUUAAUCGACCUGGUAACAAUCGUCGACCGAUUCCACCUUACAAGCCUUUACCAACGCAAUCAUCUUUUCAUAAGGAAAAACCCCAAAAAGUCGACAAGCCGUUAGUCGUUCAGAGUCCUGGCUCCAUUACAGAACAAAAACCUGGAAAUAAAGUUGAUAACCCCGAGGACAUUCAUACAACAGAAAGUACAAAAAGGCCAGAGACAGAUUACUUUUUUACCAACAAAUAUCAAGAUACUGAUUUAAAACCCAAUCAGCACACAACGACGGAAAAGUCAUUGGAGGAAGUGAAGAAUCAAGAGAUUUUAUCGCUGAAUAAGUCGCAAACAAUUUCCAUUUCUAAUCAACUGAUGAACGGAAUAGUUUCGGAUACACUUUUACCAAAGCCUGUUAUUCCUUUAGAAACGGAAUCUCCUCUCGUUUUACACUCGAAAGACUUUGUACAGACGGACGAUUCUGAUAACGGUGUCAUACCUUCGAUCAGUCCGGAAACGACCACGCAACCUGUGUUUCAAACGACUCUGAACAUAGAGACGAGUUCGUCGGUGCAACUCAUUGAGAACACGCAAAUUGUCACCGAGAUACAUCCGACCAUCAUUCCGCUGGAGGAAUCUUCAACAAUUAUCCCAUCGGUCUUGAAUCUCGAACCGAGUAGAGUUGUUAAAGAGGAUACUGAAAUUAAAUCGACAUCCGCAAUUCCAACCGAGGGAUUGACCAACUCUGUUACGAAAAUGGAAUCUCCUCCUUUCAGGACUCCUGUUUAUCCAUUUUAUUCUGCGCCAGCAACGAAUUUCUUCUCAAAAUAUCCAGUUGCCACGGACCAGUAUCGUCCUCGACCUGGAAUAGUUCUCGACGAUACCCUCGAUUACACAGGUGUGCAUGGUGUCAGUACGCAAAGACCUUAUGGACCACCAAGACAUCCUCAGAGUCAUGAAACUUUUGAUGUUGUUGUUUCUGCUAUUCAGGGUCCCGGUGGUAGUUCUGGAGAAUCGGUACGAGUACCAAUCAAUGGCAUCAAUAACGAAGUAAUUUUAACAUCAGCUGUUGAAGGGCAAGGUUUCGUCAGUAUCGACGGUAAAAGGACAUAUCUAAAUCUAUUUGAGAGCACAAGUCAAAAUGUAGGAAGUAGUAAACCGUCAUUCCCUGCAACUAGAACUCACGCACCACCACCACUUAUAGGAGCUGGAUUUGCUGUAGCACAAGAGAAUAAUGCGGCAGUUACUCCUCGGCCCGUGACACCAGUUAGAAGACCAACUUUCCAUCGAAGACCAUCUCAACCUCCAGUGCGAAUUGAUACUUGUAUCGUCGGUGAUUCGAGUACAUGUGACGCCAGUCAACACGAGGCUUGUGCUACUGUCCAGGGUGUUUCGGCCUGUCACUGCAAACCUGGAUUCGCAAGACUGCAACAUUCACUUCCUUGUAAAAAAAUCGUGAGCGUUGUUGUUUCAAUCAGAGUAGACAAACUCUAUGAUAAGAAAGUAGUUUGGGAUAAAGAACUAAAGGAAAAAGAUUCAGAAUCUUACCAGUUACUCGCUCAUGAGGCAAACAGAGCAAUCGAAUCCGCAAUGUCAAUGACUCCAUUUUCUGACGAAUACGUAGUUUCUUUAAUAAACAAUGUUUAUCAAGGCGAUGUGAGUCAAGGGCAAGGUGGAGUUUUUGUGAACGCAACUUUAAAACUUGCUCACGAGUCGAGAACAUCAAGAUCGAGUCUCGCUGGAGAACUUCAACGACAUCUUCUCGGUGUUAUACACAGAAGAAAUAAUAAUAUUGGAAGUAGUGCUCUCUACGUUGAGAGUCCAGCAGGAUCUAUUUCCAAUUUACAAGAUUUAGAUGAAUGUGCGUCGAGUGAAUUGAAUGACUGUCACUCAUUGGCAACGUGUACAAAUACAUGGGGUAGUUUUACGUGCACUUGCAGUGCAGGAUUUAAAGAUCCGCACAAAAGUGAUCCUGCUGAUGCUGGACGAGUUUGUCUCUCUUGCCCUUCUUCACACUGUAAUAAUAGAGGCACCUGUUCGUAUCAAAGCGAUCAAAUGCAAUGCUCAUGUACGGGAAAUUAUUACGGAGCUCAAUGUGAAAUUGAUGGAGAAGUUUUAGCUGUUGCAAUCGGAGUUUCUGUCGCAGCUUUAAUUAUUAUAAUUAUAACUCUUGUGUGUCUUAUAAUGUGGAGUCGACGGUGGUCCCGUGAACAGAAGGCAAUGGGUUCUCCAGUUUAUGGAUAUAUGCAAGGAGGUAUUCCAGGAACUUUACCAACGCGAGUCGGAUCCGUUGGUACUUUGGCUUCUGUUAAACAAGGACCGCCUCCAAAUAUUCCGUCGUAUUACUGGGGCCAUUUGGCGACCAUGUCGGACCACAUGACUCCCGCUAAUUUAUAUGCAACAGAACCGAUGGGGCCGACACGGCCAAGUUCAGCUGUUUUUGGAUACCCAACACUCAGCGUUCAAGGAACUUUGCCGCCCAUUCCGUUGCCCCGUCUUCAAGCGCCGCCUCGGUCCAGACGCAGACAGCAACCGGAGCCCGAUAGUUCCGACUCUGAACCUCAGGACAAGGACCGAGCUGAUCUGAUUCCUCAGAGCAGUGGAUUUCACAUGCCUAGACCAAAGUCUAGAUCUUCAGUAGCAAAUCAAAGCGGAAUAUACUAUGAUGUAGAAUACGAUCAAGGCGAUGCUCAUCAUUUGUCAAAGAACAAUAUUCCUUUGUCCACAUACAGUAUGGCAAGGCCUUACUACAGAACUUAAAGGAUCAAAAUGUAAACAUUAACACGAGUUCAGUUUUCUGAUGCUGUAAGCAAAUAGCUAUAUAGUCAUAUACAGUUACAUAUUUGCAAUAAGAAUUCAAAUGAGUCUUCAAUUGUUUAAAAUGUUACUAUACAUAUAUAUUUUUUACAAAAAGGUUUAAUAGCUUUAAUAUUUUUGCUUUUUUUUCUUUUUCUUUUUUAAGAAAAAAGUUGUACACUUUUUUGCAAAUACUUUAAAGUAGAUAGGAAAAUUUUUAGGUAAAUAUGUUUAAAACAGUUAACAAUGUUUGUAAUUCAAUUAAGAAACUAGAACUGAAUAAAUUUCUAAUAAGAAAGC